UGAGGAUGGUCAAGUUGACUCGCCCUGCAACAGGGACAGUAACGUGCUUUCAGUGGAGAAUAGUAAACAAUCCACAAUGGCAUAAAGAAAACGAAUCAUCCGGAGCCUGUUUUAAUGGAUAAUCUGCUGUUUAAAUCUUCGGUGUGAUUUAUUGGAAGGCUUUGCGUUCAUAUGCAUUUAAACACAUGGACUGGAUGUACUGGUGACUGAGGGCACUUGCCACACAAAAGACAAGUUAUUUCGAGUCAUUUUGCGCUGUGAUCAACACAACAGUGAUGCUCUGUAAGUGACAUCGCUGCUAUUCCUCUGCAAACAUCAUUUCGGAUCAGUCUGACGUCUCUGCAUAAUAAGCUCGGCUGUCAGAGAUGGACGGCAUCGGGAACACCAUGCAGAAGAAGGCUGCUGAGCUGGAGCGCAUGGCCGAAGUCCUCGUUACAGGAGAACAGUUACGGCUACGGCUCCAUGAGGCUAAGGUGAUUAAAGACAGGAGGCAUCAUCUCCGCACUUACCCGAACUGCUUUGUGGCCAAGGAGAUCGUUGAUUGGCUAAUUGAGCACAAAGAAGCAUCUGACAGAGAUACUGCCAACAAGAUCAUGCAGAAACUUCUUGACCAGAGCAUCAUUCACCAUGUUUGUGAUGAGCACAAGGAGUUCAAAGAUAUGAAGCUGUUCUACCGUUUCAGAAAGGACGACGGCACCUUUCCAUUGGACAGCGAAGCCAGAGUUUUAAUGAGAGGCCAACGGAUAUAUGAGAAGCUGAUGAACACUGAAAACAACCUGCUACAGACACGUGAAGAAGAGGGCGUAACGUAUGAGCGAACACUGGUGGCCUCUGAGUUUAUAGACUGGCUCCUGCAGGGAGGUGAAAUGCCAACCAGAGAGGAGGCCGAGCAGUUGGGACGCAGACUGUUGGAGCAUGGCAUCAUUCAGCAUGUUUCUAAUAAGCACCAUUUUGUUGAUGGAGGACUGCUUUACCAAUUCAGAAUGAAUUUUCGGCGGCGACGGAGACUGCUGGAGCUUUUGAACGAGCGUUGUCGCAGCAUACCGGAGAACCACGACAGCCCUUUCUGUCUGCGCAAACAGGGCUCUGAAGGGGGAAACACCAGCUUCCUUUCAGUAAGCCCCACUAAAGAGAUAAAGGUGGUUUCGGCAGUACGGAGGAGCAGUAUGAGCAGUAGUUGUGGCAGCAGCGGUUACUAUAGCAGCAGCCCCACACUCAGCAGCAGCCCCCCAGUGCUCUGCAACCCAAAAUCUGUGCUGAAGAGACAAGUGAGCCCAGAGGAACUUCAGGCUCCUGGUGGAACUUUCAUAAAGAAGACAUUCACAAUUGUGGGAGAUGCAGUGGGCUGGGGAUUUGUGGUAAGAGGAAGUAAACCCUGCCACAUCCAGGCAGUGGACCCCGGUGGACCCGCUGCUGCUGCAGGAAUGAAGGUGUGUCAGUUUGUGGUGGCAGUUAAUGGAAUGAAUGUGCUCAAUCUGGACUACAGGACUGUCAGCAACCUCAUCCUCACAGGCCCCAGAACAGUGGUCAUGGAGGUUAUGGAGGAAGCAGAAUACUGAAGACGAGCUCACAAGCGCUCUUUAGUGUUUCUGUUCUCUCUCUCUUUCUCUUUGUCUCUUAGCUGGAUUUUAUUCAGUGAGUCAGCGUUCUGGAAUGUUCAGAGAAGUGAACUCUUGAUUCCGUUCAUCAUUUCGAUUCAAACCAUUAGCUUAAAGAGCAUGACACUAAUCCAUGCUUUGAAAUCCGUGCCUCCCAUUUGCUCCUCAUCGACUGUUACCGGUCCAUGUCGGCUGAGACUGUACCUGGACAGAUUAUAUGGGAUAUGCAGCUGCCAAAUAUCAUUUUUAGCAAAACCGUAGCAUUUAAAACACUCUUGGUAGGUUUGCAGAACCUAAUGUAUGUAUGUGUGCCAUUCAGGUUAGAGCACAAUUCAGUGCUCUAUUUCGACUGUUUCAUCAUUUAGAGUUAAGGCUGUGAGAUAUGGAUAGUAAAGGAAUUCAACAUUGUAUCAGGUAUUUUAUGACUUAAUAGCAUCACCUACGUGUGGUUAGUUUUAAAUAGCUAUUUUUAGAAUCCCUGUCAUGCUUGCUGGGAAUUAAUAAAAUAAUAUAUUGACAUCCAUCCAAAUGCAGGGGACAACCAACAACAGCACUUACAGACUUUAGGUGAAACUUGAGAGUAAAUGUUUUAAAACGCUACGCACAUCUGAAAGAUGCUGUUGUACUGUAACUCAUUGUUUUAAAAGUAUCUUGUGAAAGUAGUUUCUGUUUUGUCUAAAUGCCAUCAAAAAGGCAGAUAGUUACCUGUAUGAUGCUAAAAUUAUAUGAUAAUAUUGAAAAUAUUAGAGUUAUGGCAGAAUGCAUAUACUUUACGCAAGUUCGUAAACGCAGACGACUGAAUAAUAAAGUGUAUUAUUAUUCCGGAUGUGUUUUUAUUCAGGUAAGUUGAUAUUGACUUUAACUAGCUUAGUGAUUAUCUUCAAACCUUCGGUUCACAAUAACAGAGGUUGAUAUUAAAGAGAAAAACAACUUAAAAAACGUUAAUUCUGAAUUGCAGUCAUGGUCAGAGACACAACAAUGCUUAAAAUAGAGUUAAGGCUCGUUCACACCAAGAACAUAACUAUACAGAUAACUAUUUUAGCGUCCACAACAGUGGAUAGGGUUGCCAGGUUUUUACAACAAAACCUGCCCAAUUGCUACUCAAAACCCAAAAGUAGCCAAUUUUGAGGGGGUCCCCUGUUAAAAAUCACAUUCCAGGGGGUAAAAUACACAUUUGGCAGGGUUCCCCUGGUAAAAUUCACAUCCCAGGGGAUAAACAUUACAUUACUGGGGUCGCUUUAACCCAUGGACACGGAGAACAACCCAUGGCAACAGUGUUGAAGUAGCCCAAUUCUGCGGGAAAACCACGGACUUGGCAACACUGCCAGCGGAUGAUGUUGUCUGCUCAACACGGAAAAUCGCAUUCCACAGGGUAAUAUACACAUUUGGCGGGGUCUCCCUGGUAAAAUUCACAUCCCAUGGGAUAAAUAUUACGUUACUGGGGUCACUUCAACCCGCGGCAACAGUGUUAAAGUAGCCCAAUUCUGCAGGAAAACUGCAGACUUGGCAACACUGCCAGUGGAUGAUACUGUCUGUUCAACACGGAAGUUUAUUAGCAGGGUUGCCAGUUUUUUACAACAAAACCCACCCAAUUGCUUCUCAAAACUAGCUCAAAACUAGCCCAAUCGCAUUUCGAAGGGGGUCCCCUGUUAAAAAUUGCAUUCUGCGGGGUAAAAUACACAUUUGGCGGGCUUCCCCUGGUAAAAUUCGCAUUCCAAGGGAUAAAUAUCACAUUAUUGGGGUCGCUUCAACCCAUGGACAUGACAAAUAACCCGCACUAACAGUGUUAAAGUAGCCCAAUUCUGCAGGAAAACUGCAGACUUGGCAACACUGCCAGCGGACGAUAUUGUCUGUUCUACACGGAAGUAAGCUUAUUAGCAGGGUUGCCAGUUUUUUACAACAAAACCUGCCCAAUUGCUAAACAAAACUAGCCCAAUCGAGUUUGGUGGGGUUUCCCUGGUAAAAGUCACAUCCCAGAGGAUAAAUAUGACGUUACUGGGGUCACUUCAUCUCACGGACAUGAAAAAUAACCCGCGGCAACAGUGUUAGAGUAGCCCUAUUCUGCAGAAAAAACUUGGCAACACUGCCAGCAGACGAUAUUGUCUGUUCUAUAUGGAAGCUUAUUAGCAGGGUUGCCAGUUUUUCACAACAAAACCAGCCUAAUUGCUACUCAAAACUAGCCCAAUCCUGUUUCGAGGGGGGUCCCCUAUUCAAAAUUGCGUUCCACUAGGUAAAAUACAAUUUUUUUUUGCCAGGGUUUUUUUUUUUUUUAGCCAUUUUAUAAAAGCAAUAAGCCCCGUGAAGCCUUGGUUUGCAGUGAAUUUAACAGCUUUGUAUUGUGCCUAACAACGCCCCUUAGCUGUUAUAAAUUCACUGUAAUUCACGGCUUCUUGGGGGUUAUUGCUUUAUUUUACUAUGGCUUAUUGUGCGUGCAGAUUAUAUUUUAAAUCAGUGAGUCUGAAUGAAAGCGAAACUUCUGGUUCAUUUGCCAAAACAACGAGAAGAAACAACGUGCAGUAACCGGUAAUACUGUUUUCACUACAACCCAGUGUGUUCAUAAUUAAAAUAAUACAUUAAAAUAAUAUGGUAAGACACACCAAUUUGCAAUACCAAGCAGGACAACAAGCUGUUUUGUACAGCUAAAAGCUGGACGCGAAUUUUACAAAUGGCUGCGCCCACACUUACGGAAAAAUAAGGUGGAUUGCAGGAUUGGUUCUGGGCGUCAGUCUUUUUAUUGUUCAUCAGCUGGAAACAAAUCGUUCUGGAAGUGAUUCCAACGAUGUUGUUUCUUUGUGCUUGUAUCGUUAUAGCUGUGGUGCGAACUCUGCUAUUUUUGAAUAUUGAAAAGAUUUUUAGAACUGCACAAUCAUUAUUUUUAUGGUUAAUGUCCUUGGUGUGAACAGGCUAUUAACAACUCUGUACGAGUCUGCUUUCAUGUACUUGCGUAGAGUAUUUUUCGAGCCUUACUGUUUUAACUUUAAAACUUACUGCCAUGAAAAAUUUAUGUUUAUGUGUUUAUAAAUCAGUUGACAAGACAACAGUCUGUAAAUUCACUUACCAAAUUACGUAAGUAGUAUAUAAGAAUUAGAUUUGUAAUUCUAAGGAUUUAUUAGACAAAUUGGAAAUAUACAGUAGUGCUGUAUAUGUAAACUCCUAUAUGCAUGUGUAUUGUACAAAGCAGGCAUCUGUGUAAGAAUGAAGAUAUUUCAUGACAAAACAUGGUAUAAUGUGCUCAUCUUCCACAUAUUUCUCUCUGUGGAUGCUUUUUUGUAGGUUGCUUGUUGUGCAAUUGUACUCAUUUGUAUCAAUGAGAAUGACAUAUAACAAUCACAUGAUCUUUUGUUUUUUUAAUGGAAGCAAGCUUGAAUCUUCUGCCUUAACGACCUGUAUUGUGCUGCUAAUUCUCACGGCUGGUCACAGAACAUCUCUAAUGAUAAAGUCCUCUUUUAAAGACGACAUAGGUGAAGAUUUUGGGGGUGAUCAUGACAAUCAGCAUCAGGGUAGUCUGUUAAAUACUGGGCCAGAUGUGUGCCACAUCUUCCUCACCACUGGGAAGUCUAAGCUAAUCUAAUGAUCUUAUAGUUCUUCUGUCUUCUGUUCUGAAAUAGAAUAUAAAAGGAGAGUUUCAUCCAAAACUCAAGUUCAGUGCAGCUGAGUGCAAUCCACGUGUGUGUUUAAAGGGAUAGUUCAUCCAAAAAUUCUGUCAUUUGCUCACCUUCAAGUUGUUCCAAACCUGUAUGAUAUGAUAUUUCGAAUACAUUUUGGUCACCAAAUACACAGUGAAAAACAAUUUGUUGAGUCAACUUAAAAUAAUUUGUUACCUGGCUGCCUUUAAAUUUUAAGUUCAGUCAACUCAAAAAAAGUUUAGUCAACUUGAAAUGUUAAAUUAUACUAAGUGACAACUUAGAUAUUUGAAUUGAAUCAACUUAAAGUUUUAAGGCAGCUGGGUUACUUACCCAUCUGUUAAGUUUAGCAAACACAAAUAUCUAAGUUGUUACUUAGUCCAGUUUAACAUUUCAAGUUGACUAAACUUAUUUUAGUUGACUGAACUUAAAGUUUUAAGGCAGCAGGGUAGCAAAUUAUUUUAAGCUAACUCAGCAAAUUGUGUUUUUUAUUUGUUACAGUGUACUGUGAAAAACAAUUUGUUGAGUCAACUUAAAAUAAUUUGUUACCUGGCUGCCUUAAAACUUUAAGUUCAGUCAACUAAAAUAAGUUUAGUCAACUUGAAAUGUUAAACUGGACUAAGUAACAACUUAGAUAUUUGUGUUUUUUUACAAUUUAACAUUUCAAGUUGACUAAACUUAUUUGAGUUGACUGGACUUCUAAGAAAUUAAGAAGGCACCAGGGUAACAAAUUAUUUGAAGUUGAGUCAACAAAUAGUUUUUUUUUUGUUUUGUUUUUUUUAUAGCGUAGUUAACAUAGCCAUUGACUUACUGUGUUAAUGGUAUAUGCUAUUUAUGCAUGUUUGGAACAACUUCAGGGUGAGUAAAUGAUGACAGAACUUUUGGGCAAACUAUCCCAAGGAGUAAGCUCAAGGUACCUUAGUAUUUCUUUGUGCAGCUCUAAUUCAUGAUUAAUGUGUGUUUUGAUUAAUGUUUUAUUAAACAUCUUGAUUUCAUUUAAAAA